AUGAGAGAUUUCUCUCGAGAUAACCAACUUGUUUAUGGAGGACAUAAUUUGUAUAGGACUUAUGAGAGAGUUAAUGGUGAUGAUGAUGAUGUGAAUGUCAGAGAUGAAGACGAGGGAGACGAUAGUAAUGAGAGAGGUGUAUGUGAUGAGGAUCAAGAUGGUGUUCCAUCAUAUCAUGGUUCAACAUGUCCUCCACACAAUUAUGAUCAAAGUGUUAAAAGGAAGGUUUUUGGCACGCCAAUAGAUCCAAUAACAAGAAAAAAAGAGCUUUGUUUGUAUGGAACAACAGAGUUCAAUAACGCAUCGUGUGGACGUGCAAUCAGAGAUAUUUUGAGGUCCAAUUUUAAGGGAGCAUGGCACUCUUGGGAAAAAGUAGAUUCAAUGUGCAGGGAUGAACUCUUUAAAGAGUUUAAGCAAGAGGAAGUUGGUGGAAAAGAACCUCCAUGGGAUGAUGUCUUUUUAGCUUUGCAUCAAAGUACUAAGCAGUCUGGUAGCUUCGUCGACAACAAGUCUAAAAAAGUGGUUGAAAAUUAUAAAAUGGAGAUGAUUUCAAAGUAUGGAACUAAUUGGGAAAAUCAUCCUUCAUUUGCUGGAGCAGCUUGGUGUGUGGCUUCAGGAGGAGUUAUAAAGGGUAGGAUAUAUGGUGCACCUCGUAUGCCAAAAUCUAUAGUCAGUACAAGCUCUUCAUCACAUUCCUACUCAGUGGAGUUAUCAUAUCCCAGUUCAUCGUAUCGAGCAUUGCAAAAGGAGACAAAGGAUAAAGAAGAGGAGAUAAAGAAAAAAGAUGAAUUUAUUCUUGAAAUGAAACGACAGAUGGAUUCCAUGAAAGAAUAUCUUGUGAACAAUCUUGGAUACCAUGGUGGGACAUCAAAUAUUGACCAAGGUAUGCCACCAUCUUUGACUCCAUCAAUAUCACCACCUAUGGCUCCUCAGAUAAUGACACCUAUGAGUCUCACAUCUCAAUCAAUUUUUCGACCUACACCUCGACCUUUAUAUCCUGAUCAAUCUUGUGUCGAUCCACAAUAUCAUGGUUCGUCUUCGCAACCAGCAUCAUGA